AUAGUUCCAUUGUCCGUACAUCUCCUACCCCUUCUGCUCUCUGUCUGUCUCUCUCUCUCUCUCUCUCCCCCUCUGCUCUGUUUGUCUCCGAUCAAUCGUCUCUUUCUCUCAAUCUCUCUCGCUGCUCUGCUCUGUGCUCUGAUCAUCUCAUUUUUCCCAUCGCCGUUCCCAAAGAAGGGUUUUUUCCUUCUUCUUCGUCUUCUUCUUCUUGUCGCUUGUUUCUUGUUCCCUCCGGGCUGCCGUCUCUGGAAAAAUCUGCCACAAUGGAGUUCACGUACCCGGUUGCCCGGAGAACCCGGUUCCAGAAAGGAAAACUCUCGACGGCCUCUUCCUCAAGAGUCUCGGAGAUGAAGAAAGGGGGCACCUUUCCGUCAAAUACGAAGGCAACGGGAGCUUCUUCCUCCUCUACCGCGAAGAAAUCACGAAUCCCCACCGACGUAGCCCGUCCCGGCGACAGAGGAAAGCGUCCUCGUUUAGGUCGAAACCGGAGUGAGGACAGAGACUACGAGGUCAUAUCCUUGGGAGAUUCCUCCGAUACUAGUGAUGACGACAAUGGUUUAGACGUGGGGUUUGGCAGCGGGGGAAGUAGUGAUCUUCGUGCUGGGGCGAUGCAUGAUAGGGAGAUGCAUGAGAGGAGGAGCGGGGGUGAAGAAGACGACUAUAGUGUGAUCCAUCUCGGGCCAAGCUCCUCCGAUGAUGAGGAGGAGGGUGAGGAGAGGCUUCCCGAAACUAAUUUGGGUUCGGAUGAGUAUGAGACCUCUGCCGAGAGUGAGGCUGCGGACAGUGAUGAUGAGGGCUUUGGCCUUAGUUCGGAGUCUGAGGAGGAGACUACUGGUGAUGAGGGAACAGAGAGUCGUGAUUACAUUGUUCGGCAGCACGAAAAGGCCAGUAAAGAGAGGAAACGCGGAGGGCCUAGAGCUCAACAGGAGGAGGAGACUACUGGUGAUGAGGAAACAGAGAGUGAUGUUGAAAUUGUUCGGCAGAGUGAAAAGGCCGGUAAAGAGAGGAAAAGAGGAAGGCCUAGAGCUCAACAGGAGGAGACCGCUGGUAGUUCCCGCAGAGGUGGGCCGCGAUCUCACGGUCCUCGUUCGAACCAGGUGGACGAUGUUGAGGUGAUUAGCUUAGGAUCGAGUGAUACCGAUGAUAUGGAUGACUUCCCCGAUGUGUUUGCUGGUGCACCGGUGCCUGGUGCAGUUGCUAGCCGCACUCGGUCCAAGAUGGGCCCAAGAAUGAGCGUGAGAGGGGCCACGGGACCAGGACACGCUUCAUUUUCAAGCUGCCAUUUAAAAAUGAGGGAGAAAGAGAUUGCACUCGGUCCCCUGAAGAAGGAUGCGCCGAAGAUGAAGAAGGGAGAAGGUAAGAGGAAAAGUGAAGGAGAUUCAAGAGGUUCCGAUCAUUCUUCGAAGAAGAAUGGGGUCGAGAGGGAGAAAGAGAUUGCACUCGGUCCCCUGAAGAAGGAUGCGCCGAAGAUGAAGAAGGAAGAAGGUGAGAGGAAAAGUGAAAGAGAUUCAGGAGGUUGCGAUCAUUCUUUGAAGAAUGGGGUAGAGAAGCAGAAAGAGAUUGCACUCGGUCCCCUGAAGAAGGAUGCGCCGAAGAUGAAGAAGGGAGAAGGUGAGAGGAAAAGUGAAAGAGAUUCAGGAGGUUGGGAUCAUUCUUCGAAGAAGAAUGGGGUAGAGAAGGAGAAAGUGAUUGCACUCGGUCCCCUGAAGAAGGAUGCGCCGAAGAUGAAGAAGGGAGAAGGUGAGAGGAAAAGUGAAAGAGAUUCAGGAGGUUGGGCAGAGAGGGACUCAGACGUUCUCAGCAGCAGCAAGGCACCUCCAAAGCAGCAACUUCAUUCUAUGAAGAAGGAAGGGGUGGAGAGGAAGUCUGACAUUCUCAGCAGUAGCAUGGGACCUCCAAAGAAGCAGGAAGCUGCUCCUGAUAUUCGCGAGUCUGAGAACUCAGCUGGGGAUGAUGAGAAUUCGGACUCAUGUAGCAGCGACCAUGCAAGCAAUACCGUGGUAGAGGAGAGCAAGGCAAGUGAUACUGUGGUAGAGGAGAGAAAGGCAAGCGAUACCGUGGUAGAGGAGAGAAAGGCCCCGGCUCGGAAGAUGAUCACGAGAAAGUCUGACUUUUUCAAAAUCCUUGCCGAAUCAAUAUGGAAAAAGGAUGGAAGAAUUGGAGACGAGUGCCAACAACAGCAGCAGGUGAGGGAGCUGCUUCCAGUGAAGUUCUCCUGGUUUGAUGAUGAGAAACCUGUGGAGAAAUCGGAGUACGAGAAGGAGAUGGAUUACAUGUGGAACAUGAUGAACCUUGGUCUCCAGGCCGAUCAGAUUGGAUCGUACUCUCCUCGGAAUGAGGAUACAGAUGCAGACGAUACAGAGCUUGAGACAUCUCAAGCUGCCCUCUGCCGCCAAGGGAAGCAUGUCCUCAUCCUUGAAGAGCAAGUUGGCCAGAGGUGCCGUUACUGUUCCCACAUUGCGGUUGAGAUAGACGACUACUAUGCCCCAUUUGAGAACUUCCCCUCAGAAACGCAGCACAGGGGUUACCACCGGGGUAAGGAUGCUGCAACCUUAGACGCCCUUCACUUCCAGGCCCCCGAGAACUGUUGUGCUGAUUACUUAGGUCCCAUUGACAGUGGAACUGUGUGGGAUCUCAUUCCAGGAGCAAGAAAUCAAAUGUACCCUCAUCAAAGAGAGGGGUUCGAGUUUAUGUGGAGGAAUCUUGCAGGGUCCAUCAUUCUUGAUGAGUUGAGAAGCUGCUCUUUACAGAAGGAGAAAGAUAUCGGUGGCUGCAUCAUUUCCCAUGCUCCUGGGACAGGGAAAACCCGCCUGACCCUCGUCUUUCUUCAGGCAUAUCUCGAGUUCUUCUCUGACUCCCGUCCUGUGAUUAUUGCUCCCGCGAGUUUGCUCCUCACAUGGGAGGACGAGAUCAAGAAAUGGGGAGUUGGAGUUCCAUUUCAUAACUUGAACGCAGAGCUCUCGGGGAAAGAGGAUACAGAGGCUCUCAAGAUGCUCGACUGCCACAGGCUCUCUCGUAACAUCGACUCAAUACGAAUGAUGAAGUUGUAUUCAUGGAGUAAGAGCAAGAGCAUCCUGAUAGUGAGUUAUGAAAUGUUUGUCAAACUCACUAAGGAAAGUGAGCGGACAGAGCAGAUGAGGAAGAUCCUACUCGAGCUACCAGGUCUGGUAAUUCUCGAUGAAGGUCAUAUUCCUCGGAACCGAGAAAGUGAUGUGUGGAAUCAGAUAAUUAGGCUCAAAACGAAGAAGCGAGUUAUUUUGUCGGGGACCCCAUUCCAAAACAACUUCGACGAGCUCCACAAUACGCUCUAUGUUGUCAGACCGAAGAUUGCUGAGUCAAUCCCCCGACACUUAAAGAGGUUCUGUCAGAGGGGGACCAGUAUUCAUUUCAAUGGUGACCCUGAUGAAGUAAUUGAUGAGAUGAAGGCAAUCAUGGCCCCCUUUGUUCACCUUCACAAGGGGGAUAUACUGCACAAGAAUCUCCCUGGACUGAGGGACAGUGUGGUGGUCCUGAACCCAAGUGAGCUGCAGGUGGAGGUAAUGAGGAUCAUUCAUGGUGCUGAGGAUGACUCUGAGACUGCUAAGAAGAAGAGGAAGGACAACGUGUUUGACUUCGAACACAAGCAAGCUCUAAUCUCAGUCCAUCCUUCUCUUGCGCUUAGCUUCGAACCUGAGGAGAGGUUAGUAAUCUCCAGAGAGGAGGAGAAGCUUGAAGCACGCAAGCUCGACCCCGGCGAGGGAGUCAAGACAAGGUUCAUUGUGGAGUUCCUUCGGCUCUGCCUCACGAUGGGUGAGAAGGUCCUUAUCUUCAGCCAAUACAUCAAGCCGCUGGACCUAAUUGCCCUCCAGCUGAGCUCAAGUUUUAAAUGGACGAUGGGGAGAGAGGUGCUCAUGAUGAUUGGGAAACUCCGCAUGAACCAGAGGCAAUCGAUGAUCGACCUCUUUAACCAACCUGAGAGUGAGGCGAGGGUCCUCCUGGCCUCCACCAAGGCUUGUUCAGAGGGGAUAAACCUUGUAGGUGCUUCUCGUGUCAUCCUGCUUGAUGUAGUGUGGAACCCUGCUGUGGAAAGGCAAGCAAUUAGUCGGGCCUACAGGCUUGGACAGAAGCGCGUGGUCUACACAUACCACCUCAUUAUGAAAGGGACCUCCGAGUGGGAGAAAUACCAGAAGCAAGCCCACAAGGAUCGGCUAUCUGAGCUCGUAUUCUCUGCUACCACAUCCAAUGGGGAUAAGAAUGAGAAGAAAUCGGGUGUUGUUUUUGAUGAUAAGAUUUUGGAGGAGUUGACUUCACACCCGAAGCUCAGGGACCUGUUUGAUCAGAUCAGGUACCAGCCCAAGCAGAUGGACUUAGUUGAGAAUUUCGGGCCAAACAAUUGAUCCAGCUGAUAGGGAACUGUAUGAUUGGUUUUGAGAACGCUUGCGGUAGAUAGAAAGUCGAGAAGCCUUUCGUUGUUAUAACUCGUGCUGGUAGAUUUUAUCACAGUAGCCUAACAACUGUUGAAAGUCUGACUUUGUAGUGUGGAUACUGAUAUAUUGUAUUGCUAGGGUAUGUUCGAUAAGAUCUCAAACGGCGCUCUGCUUGAUUCAAAAUGAUUGACUCGUUUGCAAGUUGUAUAUUCCUGAUUGCUCUAAUUUGUUUGUUCUGCUCAA